GUCACCGUUUACCCGCGCUCGAGGAACAACACAGACAGUGCCGUUUGGCGGGGUUUGACAGUGAAGACCGACUCAACUUUAAGUUGGAACCAUGCAGUUUCCUGUGAGACAACGGAGGCUGAUUGCCAACCCAAAGACGGAGCUCUAUGUACAUUUUCUGCAGUUCUAUGGACAGCCCCCACUUGAAAACAUAUCGCUCUCAGAGUUUGAGACGUUUGCUGUGGACAGAUUGAAACUGUUGAAAACGGUUGAGAACUUGGGAGUGAGUCUAGUGAAGGGAUCGGAGCCUUACCGGAAUAAGCUCGAUAAGGAGUUUUCAACCCUAAACUUUCCAAACAAACAAGAAGUUAAGGAGGAAGACAAGGACGGGCCUAAUGAGUAUGAGAGACGAAGAAAAGACCACAUCUCCCACUUCAUCCUCAGACUUGCAUACUGUCAGACGGAGGAUCUCAGGAGGUGGUUCAUUCAGCAGGAAGUGGACCUUUUCCGACACCGUUUCAACCGCCUGACUUCAGUCCAAAAAAGUUCUUUUUUGAAACACAAUAACCUGCAUUAUGAGACGGUUGGCCCGGAAGAGAAAAUGGCCCUGUCUGACAAACUGGUCCAGUCCAGCUACGCCGGCAGUGGCUCCAAAGUGGACAACCAAGACUACUACAAAGUUCCUUUCCAAGACGCCCUGGAUCUGGUGAGGAACAGGAAGGCGUACCUGAAGGCGGGCUACGUGUACAUCCCCCAGCAAGACAUCGUCAUCACCGUGCUCAACGACUUCCGCACACAGCUGUCCAAAGCGCUGGCGUUGACAGCCCGUUCUCUGCCGACCGUGCUUUCUGACGAGCGACUGCAACCUCUUCUCAGCCACCUCAGUCACGCUUACGUUGGACAGGAUUACAGUAUCCAGAAGAACAUGGGGAAGAUCUCCCUGGAGCAGAUCGACCCGCUGUCAGGGAAGUCCUUCCCGCUCUGCAUGAGAGGGCUCCACCAGGCCCUGAGGGAGAACCACCACCUCCGGCACGGGGGCCGCAUGCAGUACGGCCUCUUCCUCAAAGGCAUCGGCCUCACCCUGGAGCAGGCCCUGCAGUUCUGGAGGUCUGAGUUCACCAAGGGCAAGGUGGACAUGGACAAGUUCGACAAACAGUACGCCUACAGCAUCCGCCACAACUUCGGCAAGGAGGGCAAGCGCACCGACUACACGCCCUACAGCUGCCUGAAGGUGAUCCUGUCCAACGCUCCCAGCCAGGGCGACCACCACGGAUGUCCGUUCCGUCACAGCGACGCAGAGCUCCUGAAACAGAAGCUUCAGUCCUAUAAGGUGUCUCCCAGCGGCAUCGCUCAGAUCCUGGACCUGGUGAAGGGAAUGCACUACCAGCUGGCCUGCCAGAAGUACUUUGAGUUGACACACAACAUCGAGGACUCUGGCUUCUCACUCAAUCACCCAAACCAGUACUUCCUGGAGAGCCAGAGGGUGCUGGGCGGGGGGGGCAAGGAGGUGAAGGCCGAGCCCCCGCAGAGGGCUCCGGAUGUGGCCGCCAAGCCGCCCCUCGACCCCCCAGCCCUGGCCGAGAUGGCCGAGGACCUGGACGCCUACUUCCAGGACGGAUGAAGACGUCGAAUCAGACACGGAACGGACGAGUCUUCGCCGAUGCCGCCACGGUGGUUUAAAAAUUGCUUGUUUUUGUAUUCUGUUUUUUGUCCCCUACAUUAUACUAUUAAAGUUUACUACUCUGCCU